UUCGUCCAUAAAUAGUCCCCGAGGACGACCCAAUCAAAGGACCUACACGCCGCUCUCUCUCUCUCUUUUAGUGACUCACUCUCCCUCCCGUUCUCUCUCUCUCUCUCUCUCUCUAUACAUAUAUAUCGAUCUUCAUUUGAUCUGGGCCAUUGGAUAAUAGAUGAAGCAGAUGAUCAGACGGCUGUCGAGGGUGGGGGAUUCGUCGCAGUCCGAGAGGAAGGAGGGGCGGCGGCGAUGGGUGCCGGAGGGGCACGUGCCGGUGUACGUGGGGGAUGGGGAGGAGGAGGUGGAGAGGUUCGUGGUCCGGGCCGAGCUGCUGAGCCGGCCGGCCUUCGUCGAGCUUCUCCGCCGCUCCGCCCAGGAGUACGGCUACGAGCAGCGCGGCGUCCUCCGCAUCCCCUGCCCCGUCCCCGUCUUCCGCCGCAUCCUCCGCUCCCUCCUCGCCGCCUCCGCCGCUGUCGCCGCUGAUGAGGCCCAGGUGGAGCUCCUCCGCUCCUUCGACGACGAGUUCCUCGCUCUCGCCGCUAGCUAGCCCAGAGCCCCUGACCCUGUGUCUGGGGCUUCUCUUUAUUCCGGUUUUGCCCUUCUUGGUUCCACUGUAAAAAAGUUCGUCCCUUUGUUUUUCGUCUUCCGGUAUUGUAAAGUCUUUUUUUUUUCAGGAAAAAAAAGAGAUAUUUUGGGUUUUGGCGCUGUAAUUUUUCUUAAUUUUUGUUAUACGAAUUGACAAAACUGCCCUUGACCCUUGGAAA